GUGCCGCCGCAGCAGGAAUCGCAAAAAAAAUUCCAGCGUCAGGCGCGCGCUCCGUGUGCCCCCAAAAAAAGUCCGGAACCGCAAAGCGAAACCGUAACCGAAGCGAAUCGCGAACGUGAAAGUUAACGUGUAACGGUAAACGGCAACGUUAAUUGCAAACAAAAAUAGGACAUCAAAACGAAUACAACAAAAUCAAAAAGUUGUUCACAAACAUUACAAUUGGUUAUAGUUUCGGGAGACUUGAGCCAAGUGGAAACAGGAUACACAAAAUGUGCGUAGGCGACACAAAGUGAAAAGCGCAAAACGGCGGAAACAAUAACAAAAGCCAACAGCACAGUAGCAGUAACAGUAAAAGCAGAAAACGCAAAAAUCGCGAAGGGGAAAGGGAAAGCACAAACAAUAACAACAACAAUUAUCGCUGCACUUGUCUAAAGGAAUUCAGCAAGUGAGAAAGCGAGAGCAGGCAACAGUAAGCAACAGCAGUGCGAGUGAGAGGCAGUGAGUGGGAGUGCGAGCGAGCGAGCGAGCGAGAGAGAGAGAGAGAGAGAGAGAGAUGGAUAGCUCGCCGGACUUGUCGCUGUCGCUGAAAUUGCGACGCGGCUCGAGCGAUUCACGCGACAAUUUCUACAUGGACUUUGCACAGGGCAUCGACUCGGACAUCGAGGAGGUGGACAACAGCAAUGUGGGCAGCCAACUGGAUGAUGCUCUGGCCUCCGGAUCGGGCAUUCAACUGUUGCCGCCACCGCCGCCGUUGCCCACAGUGUCGCUGGUGAGCGAGGAGAUGCUACUGCUAGUGGCACCACCGCCACCGCCAAGCACGUUGCUCGGCCAGCCGCUGGCCACGGUCACGGAAACGGACGAUAUGCCGCCGCCAACCCCAACACCGCCGCCACAACAGCAACAUGAUGAUGAUGAGAAGGAGCUGAACGAGGAGGCAGAGAAUUUAGCGACCGGUUCGCCGAGCAAUUCGGUGCUGGAGCUGGAGCUUAUACCGCCGCCACCAUUAUCGCCCAUGGACGAUGCCGGACUGCGCACGGAUGGUGAGGAGACCGAUGAUGCCGAUGAAGCAAUCAUUGCACCGCCUGCAGUCAUGCAGCAGUCGCAGGAGGACAGCGCCGAUGCGGAUGCAGAGGCGGACGACGACGAUGAUGAUGACAACGAUGAGGAUGAGGAUGAGGAUGAUGACAAAUCGACGCCACCUCCUCCAUUGCCACCACUGCCCUCGAAUCUGUCAUAUGUGCAGGGCAGCGUCACGCCACCGCUGACCAAAUCGCCAUCCACUUCGCCCUCACCGCCGGUGACGCCGCCGCCGUGUCCACAGCUCAACAUCUGCAAGAUGGUCUCGCCACCAGCACAACAUGUCAGCCAAAUACCACCGCUGACUCCAUCCUCGGAGAGUGAGGAGGAAUCGCAGCCCAAUUCGCCGCAGCCUAUUCCACGAAUUCUCCCCGAUCCGCUGCCAACGCCCGAAGACACAGAGCAGGCCGCCGAGGGGGAACACGAGGUCGACGCGGAUGUGGAGCCGUUGCCGGUGAGCGGGGGGCAGCAGUUGGCCGCCGAGGAGUAUAGCCGAUCGCUAGACAAUGAGGAUGAGUCCACCACGAUCACCACACCACCCAGCAAUGGCUAUUCGGCAUCCUCGAUCAUUGCACCGCCACCUGAGCACUUUGGCGAACUAGAUGAGGAUAGUUUGGGUGGAAGGGGUUUUGUUCCACCGCCGCCAGCGGGACUCGAAGAUGCUAAUCCCUUGUCCGACGAUCUGCAGUCGCAGUCACAGUCACAGCCGCAGGACAUUGAUGAUGAGGAGCUCACCAAGGUAGAGACAGAUGAGUUGUCCGUGGACAAGAUGUCGCUUAAUGUGGGCGACGAUGACGACGACGAUGAUGACGAGGAUGACGAGGAUGACGAGCCAGCUGACAGCAUUAGCUCACCGAGGGCGGCGAGCAUUGCCAGCGGUGGCAUCAUGUCCACCAGUGGCGCCAUCGCUGCCAUGGCUGCGGGCAAUGCAGCGAUGUCCUCCAAGCCGGACAGUCGUGUUCCCAGUCGCAGCGGCAGCCAGAGGUCACGCACAGGCUCGUUGCAUGGCUCACAACACGGCUCGCAACAUGGUUCACAACAUGGUUCACAACAUGGUUCGCAACAUGGCUCGCAAGGUGGUUCGCAGCAUGGCUCCCAGCAAGGUUCCCAAGCUGGAUCACAGCCAGGCUCGCAGCCAGGUUCACAGCACGGAUCACGUACUGGCUCACAGCAUGGAUCACGAGCUGGCUCGCAGCAUGGUUCGCGUGCAGGUUCGCGCACCGGUUCGAUUGCCUCGGCAUCCGCUGCAGCACCGCCCGUGCUCUCCCCCCAAGCAUCGCUAAAGUCACAAACAUCGGUCAAAUCGCUGACUUCGAUCUCGACUCGCAGUCCAGCUCCAUCGCUAAAAUCAUCGCAACGCAGUGCUGAACGUGUGCAGAGUCCACCUGUUGGUGAAGGUGCUCCGGCAAUGCCAUCGCCACCAUUGAUGCGCAGCUCGCCCCCAGAGCUGGCGAAGAGUCCGCCGCGGCAGAUGCACAGUCCGCCACGUAUCACAACGCCACCGCGGGUCUGCAGCCCGCCGUUGGUCAGCAGCCCGCCCAAGUUGGCGGAAACAGCAGCAGCUGCUGCUGCCACAGUCAACGGUGCAGCCAAAGAGCAACCCAGCAGCAACAGCAGCAGCAACAGCAAUAGCAACAGCAACCAGAGCAACAAAAGUGCCAUUGCAGCGGAGCAACCUUUGGCCAGCAUCAGCUACAAGGACGAGCAGAAGACGAGCGAAGUGGAUGCCCCCGCACCCGCACCCGCUCCCGCUCCCACUCCAGCUGCAGUCACCAGUCAGCCGCCGCGGACGCAUUUCACGAGCAGCCAUCAUCACUAUCAUCUGCCGCAUCAGUUCCAGCAUCCGCAUCAUCAGAAUCACCACACGCAUCACAGCGUACGCGUGGCCACGCCCACCGUGCCCAGCAGCUAUGCGCCGCCCCCCGCUGGACAGGACAUCGAGGGCACGGGACGCUCACCCGUCUACGCACAUCGCGCCAUUGCGCCCGUGCUGAGCAGCAGCGCCAUGCUGGGUGCCACGCCCACCGAGGCGGUGGCUCAUGUCUCGCCGGGUCGGCUGUCGGCGCGUUCGGGUUCGCAGCAUCAUGUGACCAUCGAUGAGUCCAGUUUGCCGCACAAGAGCAGCUUGGAGAGCGCCGGACCAAGUGGUUUGAUCGUUGGCGGCGGCGAUGGCGAUGCCAACGAUGAUAUUGGACAGGCUACAACUGGCGGCGGAGGAGGCGGGGGAAGUGGAGGUGGCGGCGACAGCUCGGAGCCACCUUCGUCGCCGGGCAGCAGCUCGCAGCGGCAGCUGAGUCAUUCGGCGGAUGGCGAGCGACAAGCUGGCCAAUUGGCCUUGAUGUAUCACUCGCAUCAGCUGACCAACUAUCCAGUGAUGCCAGCUAUCAAGCGCACCCAUCGUCCCUCUUUCGUCUAUCCGCCAAUGCCGCGCGUCAAAGCCGGCGAUGCUCUGGCCACACUCUUCUCGGCUCUCUAUGGCAAACUGCUCGUCGUUAUGGGCGUCGCCUUUCCCAUGGCCGAAGUCAUUUCCACCUACAUUCCGCCAUCGUUCUAUGAGGUCUACUACUUGUAUUUGUACAUUGGCAGCAUGAUCUUUCUGUUCUUCAUGUACGCCACUCUGCUCUGGGGACGUCCCAAGUUGCCCGUGCCCAUAGCCACAUCGCCCAGCAAGUCAACAGCCAAAGCGAGUGGCUCGGACAGCCUGGAUGAGUCGGAUACGGACAGCACAUCGACGCAUCGUCGCAUACCGCCUCCUAUACAGGUGCGUCGUCCAUCGCUGCUGUCUCCGCUGGGCAGGCAGCAUCACUAUGGCAGCUUCUAUCUGCGCAUGGGUGCUGUGGCCUUUGGCAUCGGAAGCAUGAUCUAUUCGGGUCUGGAAUUUGGUCAGUACUUUGAGCUGAAUCCGGAUACAAAGUGCCACAAUGUGCUGCUCGCUCUGACGCCAGCCACACGCAUGGCUUUCAUCUUCAUACAGAUGUACUUCAUCUUCCUCAACAACGAGCAGAUCAAAGUGUAUCGCUACAAGAUCAUCGCACGCUUUGGUCUCAUGCACAUGAUUGGCACCAAUCUUGCCGUGUGGCUCAAUGUGCUCAUCCAGGAGACGAAACACGAGAUACUCACCUUUUACAAUCCCGAGAAUCGCACGCUGCGCAUCUCCCAUCGUAUCCCGGGACAUUCGCGUGGUCAUGCGGUGAUCGCACACGAUCCCACGGCGCAUUUGCGUGUGCCUCGCGGCUUGAAGGGUCCGUAUCAGAUCUUUGAGUGCCGACGUACGAACAUUAUUGGCACCUUGGUGCAGGAUGCAUCGCCCUUCCUCUUCCCUUGCACCAUCGAGUACUCGCUGAUCUGUGCGGCCAUCUUGUAUGUGAUGUGGCGCAGCAUCUCCCGACCACAGACACCAACGCCCCAGCGCCCGGACAUGAUCAGUUCCCCGAUGAAGCGUUCGCCUCAUCAUUAUUCCGUGGACUGUGCACGUGCCCAUAAAGGAUUGUUUGUGGGCAUACUCAUUCUGGUGCUCACCAUCAUCUCGCUGAUCAUCUUCUUUGUGCUCAUCUCACGACCCGACUUCGUUUCGCUUGCCGUCACCGAGGUGACGAUCUGUGAGCUGCUGAUCUAUGGCACCGCCACGAUUGCCACGCUGCUGGGCAUGAUCCAGAUUCGGCAUCUGCAGUAUGAUGCGUAUCGCAGCUUUUCGCUGGACGACAUUCUUCUGGUGGGUGCUCAGACGGGUUCGUUUCUGUACAACAUAUUCACGGUGAUUGCCGGACACUUUACGCUGCGCAGCGAUGACAUGUUGGUGCCGAUCAAUGCGCUCGCUUCGAUCGUGCAGACCGCAUGCCAGACGAUGUUCAUACUCGAUGCUAGUCGAAGGCAGGCGGUAAGUCCGGAACAUUUGAGGAAGAAGCCGGGCAGGGAAAUUGUCACAUUUAUGCUGGUAGUGAACUUGGCCAUGUGGGCGAUAAGUACGCUGGAGAAAUCGCGUGCCGAAUCGCAUCCCAUUCAGCUGAAUUUCUAUGGGCUGUGGGCCUGGACCAUCAUCACGCAUGUGUCGAUGCCGUUGGCCAUUUUCUAUCGGUUCCAUUCGACGGUGUGCUUGUGCGAGAUCUGGAAGCGGGCGUAUAAACUGAAGCCAACGUACAUGUGAGAAUUCGCCCGCUCGCGCAUUCAAAGCAUUGCGCAGCAGCAGCAAUUCUGUGAGGAUCUCAAGACGAAUCUAUCGUACUGCUAUUGCUCGACAACGUUGGCCGGUGGUGAGCUCGAAACGGUCGAGGAGGUGGACAGCGGUAAUGGUAAUGGAAAUGGCAGUGGCAGUGGCAGUGGAAAUGGUAAUGGAAAUGGAGCAGGAAAUGAUAAUGUUGAAGCUGGAGUUGGAAAUGGAGCUGGAGCUGGAGCUGGAGCUGACGCUAACGAACUGGAAGGCGAACAGGGCGGCGGCAGCGGAAUUAGCCGGUUGGAACGGCCACCAGCCCGCGCCCUGUCGCCGCAUAGCCUCAACACGGAGAAGGCCUUCUGUCCGGUCUAUGUCAUAAACGGUGAAUGAGUUUACGCGCACUUUGAGUUCAUCGACGCCCUCAGCGGCAAUGAGCUCACCUUUGUUUAACCCCACUCCAACUCCAAAUCCAAGUUCCAAGUCCUAAUCGCCCCCCUUUGCGCCCGUUUUCCACUCCCCACCACAGCUAGCGAGUAGGCAACAUAAAAGAAAAGAGAAUAAGCAAGAACAUCACCCACCAUUUUUGAGAACCAUAUUUCACUGUCUUUUAACCCUGAACAACAACAAACAAAAAAAAAAAGGAAACAAAAAAAAACAAAGGCGGGUGCGAAAGGAACAGCUAAACAUAUCCGCUAGAUGGAAUGAAAUGAAAACGAUCUGCUGAAGAUCUGACGAUCUGAAAAAGAAAAGCAAUCUCAAGUGUGCAUGAAAAGUGUGAGCGAGAAAGAAAAGUUGAAAACUUGAAUACGAUACGAUACAUUAUACAUUAUACUAAAUAUGAUAAUGCAUAUUAAUAGAUGAUGUCACACACACACACAAACACACACUUAACGUAUAAUCAGAAAGUUAGUUACAUGUUGAUUGAAAUAUAUGUAGAUGCAAAAGUCACUUCACCGAACACGAGUUGUGAAACAUUAAAGUAAAAACAUAUAUACAUACAUCGUUUAACUGCGCCGAUAUUUCGCAGUAUUAGUAUAACCAAGAGAGUUCGAUUAAACGAUUUAGAAGAUAUCAUAUAGUUGGCAUCUGAAUGAAUAUGAACUAUUGAACAUAACAUUAAGAAGUUUCUUCUUCAUCAACAUUAACAUGAACAUUAACAUGAACAUCAACAUCAAGAUUUAACAUCAACAUAAACCCCACCAAAAAAUGCGAGCGAUAAAGUCAAACAACCACGAAAAGUAUUAACUAUAUACAGAAGAUAUACAUAGUCGAGUAAGCCUAGAUGUAUUUGCAAAUGUUUCAAGAACAACAAAAACAAAAAAAAACUAAAAAGAAUAUCAAAAAGGAAUGCAAUGAAACUACGUACUAUAUACAAACAUAUACAUACAAUACAUUUACAUUUACAUAUAUACACACAUUAUAAAGAUUUAAGAUUACAACAAUUACGUAAUUAUUGUACUUUUCGAUUAAUCUUGAAUGCAUUCUUAUAGAUUUGUAGGAUCCAAAAUUUUUGAUUGUUGACACACACCUCGUUUAUUAUUAUCAUUAUUAUUAUUAAUUAUAAAUUAUUAUGAUUGUUGACUUUGAGUUUGUUGAAUUGCAAAUUUCUAGAUUUAGUAAAUGUUUGAUGAUAUUAUGAUACUUGAUACUUGUUAAGCGCUUCGUUCGUUUCUCUCUUCCCACUCUCUUUAUAAAGAAACCACUCCCUUGUGAUAAUUUACUUACCAAAUGCUUGUUCAAAUUGUUCAACUCGCUCUCUGACUUAUUUACGAAUUAACGGCAACAACAAAAAAAAAACGCAAAAA